AUGCUCCAAAAAUUUUCUAAAGUUGAGUAUUAAAGAAAGGUCUUGAAAUAAUAUUGAUAUUAAUAAGGAUUCGGCAAAGACUAAGUUCAAAGAUAUUGAUUUUAAAGGGAGGAAGGCUAAUUUUUCAUUCCUGAAAAUAUUAAAGAUAAAUUACAAUAUAUUUUAUUUAAAAAUACAAAAUAAUUUUCAGAAUUAAAUCGAAUUUAUUAUUCGUUACUUAUAAUUAAUUGGUCAACUCUUUUAUAAAAUAACCUUUAAAUGGAUAUAAAUAAUAAGUAUUAGAUUUCAAAGUUAUUUAAUUCAUAUUUAAGUUAUAUACCUUCCUUAAAGGAAAAGGAGUAUUUUUACCAUAUUGAAAUUAUUGAUUAUCUUUAAGAAUGGAAUGCUGAAAAAAAGAUUGAGUAGGUAUUUCAGCUUAAGAUCCUUAAGAGGAUACAAACAAAUUUAUUGA